UUCUACUUACCUGUGCGAGGGGUUGGUGGCUCCAGCGCCCAGAUCCGUGGGCACCCAACCUCCAUGUGUGACUUAGGUGUUAACAUGCUUUCCUUCUUUGUUGAUAAUUCAUGUAAACUAUGUACAUGUACUGUGUUCAUCAGAUGUUAUGAGAUACGAUGAGAUGGAGUUUGAUGAAGAAUCUGAGCCAGAGAUUCCUCUCUACAAUAGAGCAGAACUUAUUGAGCGCUAUCAGCAAGCUUUGGAGGAGAGAUCAAGUUUACAGUCAUUAAAUGCCCAGCUUCAACACAAAUUGGCUGAGUAUUUCAAGAAGAAAAAGAGUGAUGAGCGUCAGCAAGAGAUAGAAAAGAAUGUAACUGACCAAGAACAAAGAUAUCUCAAAUAUAUGUCAAAUCUUGAAGAACUUCAGAAUGAAGAAAGACGCGAAAAGGAAAAUUACAAGGACCAGAUUGAGGAUUUGAAAGCAAAAUGUCAAGAAAAACAAGAAAUUGUCAACAGAUCCAGUGACAACUUUAUGAUGUUCAAGAAUGAUGUUGCAAAACAGGCAAUCAACAGCCGAUCUGGAAAACCCAUUUCACCGAAGGAUCUUGAACAAUACCAGAUGUUAGAGCUAAAGAAAGAACAAGAAGUCAUGCAGGUUCGGCUGGAGAAUAUUAAACUGAAAAACCGACUGAAAAAGAGAGAGAUGCAGUUGAAAGCUAAGGAGGAGCUAGCUGAGGGACUUCACCUAAUAGACUUUGAACAGCUCAAGAUUGAAAACCAGACUUACAACGAGAAGAUUGAAGAGAGAAAUGAGGAGCUGUUAAAACUUCGUAAGAAGAUCACGACCACAGUACAAGUUCUAACUCAUCUGAAAGAGAAGUUGCAAUUUGUACAGGCUGAGAACAGUGAACAACGAAGCAACCUAAGAACAGUGGAGGCCCAUGCUGCACAGAAACGAGACAUCUUAACAAGGACGAAGCAAGUUAGAGACGCGCUGAGAAUAGAAAAUGUCAAACUCAGGCAAAAGUGUGGCCUUCUUGGAAACGAGCCUUUACUAAGAGACUACGAACAACGAAAGGAGCAGAGCGACGAACUUCGAGCGAAGAUAGAGCGGUUGAAGAUGGAUCACGCUGAACUCACAAUGAACUGCAGUGGAGUACGAACAAAAAUCGAAGGAGCAAGACAAGAAGAAAAACCGCUUUAGAGUUUAGUCUAGUUUAUAUGUUAAAAAUCCUUUAGAAUCUUAUUGUAUAUACUGAUACAUUCUUAUUUUAUUGUAAAUUCACCUUCGUUCAGGCUAGUGUCUAGAGCAACAGAAAUCGUACAUGUGUAUAAAAAAUUUGGUAAUGUUUUCAUCCGUUGUUUAUUGUUGUAAAUAUUUCUUUUAUAAUUGUGAUAUCUUCUUUCACCGAUGUAAAUGUACAAGGAAAUAUAAAGUUUGUAUCACAAUAAAACUUGAACAUUUA